AGAACAGCCCAAGAUGGCCGACUUCGAUGAUCGUGUGUCGGAUGAGGAGAAGGUACGCAUAGCUGCUAAAUUCAUCACUCAUGCACCCCCAGGGGAAUUUAAUGAAGUAUUCAAUGAUGUUCGGCUACUACUUAAUAAUGACAAUCUCCUCAGGGAAGGGGCAGCACAUGCAUUUGCCCAGUAUAACAUGGAUCAGUUCACGCCUGUGAAGAUAGAAGGAUAUGAAGAUCAGGUCUUAAUUACAGAGCAUGGUGACCUGGGUAAUAGCAGAUUUUUAGAUCCAAGAAACAAAAUUUCCUUUAAAUUUGACCACUUACGGAAAGAAGCAAGUGACCCCCAGCCAGAAGAAGCAGAUGGAGGUCUGAAGUCUUGGAGAGAAUCCUGUGACAGUGCUUUAAGAGCCUAUGUGAAAGACCAUUAUUCCAACGGCUUCUGUACUGUUUAUGCUAAAACUAUCGAUGGGCAACAGACUAUUAUUGCAUGUAUUGAAAGCCACCAGUUUCAGCCUAAAAACUUCUGGAAUGGUCGUUGGAGAUCAGAGUGGAAGUUCACCAUCACACCACCUACAGCCCAGGUGGUUGGCGUGCUUAAGAUUCAGGUUCACUAUUAUGAAGAUGGCAAUGUUCAGUUGGUUAGUCAUAAAGAUGUACAGGAUUCACUAACUGUUUCGAAUGAAGCCCAGACUGCCAAGGAGUUUAUUAAAAUCAUAGAGAAUGCAGAAAAUGAGUAUCAGACAGCAAUUAGUGAAAACUAUCAAACAAUGUCAGAUACCACAUUCAAGGCCUUGCGCCGGCAGCUUCCAGUUACCCGCACCAAAAUCGACUGGAACAAGAUACUCAGCUACAAGAUUGGCAAAGAAAUGCAGAAUGCUUAAAGGCUGAAUGUAGGAUUCUUCAGUAUGUGGAAAGACAAGGAUUCAACGUGUGGUCAUAUGAUAAAUAAGUGAUUUAUAAACAAGAGUGAUAUUUUGCUAGGGCUUUCAAAGUUAACCGGUUUUCUAGCCUCAUGGAAUACUGUUGAACCUAUAGCGUUGUCUUGAUUCUUUUGUGUUCUCUGCCUUGUAAUUUUCUGUUACUGCUAUAUCUACGUGUAAAUCUUUUUGUUCUUUUUUUUUUUUUUUUUUUUUUUUGGUUAAUUCUGCCACAUUUAAUGUUGGUGAGAGAGUGAUCUAUCCUAAUGACAUUUUACUGUUUAAAAAAGUUUCCUAGCCAUGAAGCCCUGCUACUGAUUUAGACAAGGUAUUAUGGUCAUUACUUUCUACCCCUAUCCUUCCAAGCACUUCUGGUACUUCAGUCGUUUUUACUGAUCCACCAACACCUAAAGAGGCUAUGCUACAGUCUCUAGCUAAAUGGAAGACACAUUCAUCCUUCUCCCUCUGACUGCUUUGAUCAUCAUUUAUUGCAUCUCAUAACUAAUUUUCUAAAGUUUGGAUUGGGACUUUUCAGGUCCUUUUUGGAGGGCAAAGGAAGUGCCAGCUUCUCUGGGGAACUUGUUUUUAAAUCCAAAGACUUGAACCACAUUCCCUGCACAUGAACAUGUUUGCUUUUAUCCCUUCUCUCAUUGUCUCCUUCCCAUGUUACUACCAUUGUAGUUAUAAACAUCUGCAUUUUUUAGAAGCAUUUUACCCAUUUAUUUUUUUAAACAUUCAAGAACUGCUGACGUACUGUGGAUGUAGAGUAUAAAACUUGAAAAAUGCAGAUGUUGAAGGAAUAAUAGGUAUCUUGUGCUUUAAUACUUUAUGGCAGGAUUGUACUAUAAGCAAAUGAAUUAAACAGCUAUGUAAAUCAUAAAGAAAAACUAAAAAUGAACCAAAGUGAAAGGAUAACUUCCAGGCAGUAUCUUUCUAUUGUAACCUGUUAUUUAAGGAAAUACUAGUGAUUUCUUCUAAAUAGGAUGUAAAACUUCUUUCAAAUUACUCUUCCUCAGUCCUGCCUGCCAAGAACUCAAGUGUAACUGUGAUAAAAUAACCUUUCCCAGGUAUAUUGGCAGGUAUGUGUGUAAUCUCAGAAUACACAGGUGACAUAGAUAUGAUAUGACAACUGGUAAUGGUGGAUUCAUUUACAUUGUUUACACUUCUAUGACCAGGCCUUAAGGGAAGGUCAGUUUUUUAAAAAACCAAGUAGUGUCUUCCUACCUAUCUCCAGAUACAUGUCAAAAAAAGAAAGGUGUUUGUGCUUCCGUUUUGUUUCUGCUCAGUAAUAUAGUCAAGCAACAGUUUGUUCCAAGUGACCCAUUGAGCUGUGUAUGCAUUUUUGUUUAUUUCAAUAAAAUAUAUUUGUAUUAUUUGUCCUUCAUACUAUCCAUCCAUACCACACUAUCUUCUGUAUCAGGUAGUCUAAUAGAAAUAUACCUGUUUUGUUGUAAAA